GAAUUGGAGCAAAGCAACGAAGGGUUACGUUCACAAUUCAAAGAUUUUGAAGAAAAGGUUAGAGAAAAAGCAAAAGCCAAGCAAGAAAUUAUUAAUAAUUUAGGAGAAAAGAUUAAAGAACUACCCUUUUAUGGUAUGGAAUUGGAGUGA